CUGAAAUGUUUAUUAAAUGCAUCUCAAUUAUGUAUUAACUUCAAACUUUUGCGAUCAAUCUUUCGUAAAACGUAUAAAAGGCUGAACGAUCACAAUUUUAGCUACAGAAAUGGAGAUGUCAAGCAAGACAACGCCGGCGUACUUCGAUAAGUUAAAACAAAUUUCCCAAUUAAAUGGAUUUGUACUGCGGAGUAAGAUGCGAAAUGGUGAAAAAUGUGUCCAAUUUGUUUACCUGUUUGCUAUGUAUCUAUACGCUGUACUAUUUUUUUACCGAAGCUGGAAUUUCGACAGUGAUGAAAUAGAUGACUUUAUAUACGGCGCUGUGAUAGCCAAUAUGAUACCGCGAAGUACAAUAUUAAGGAUACACAGGUCCAAACUGGCAGAUUUGUUGAAGUCAUUGGAAAAUGCGAACAAUUAUAAAAUCAAAAGGGUGUUUGAGUUACGCAAGGAACUAGAACGUGCGUUAUCCACAGCGAGUUCAAUAUUCAUACCAAUGGGAAUUGGAUCUUUCUUGGUUACUGUCAUUAUAUGGUUCUUGACAAAGAAGCCUGGAAGCCUCCCUUUCGGUUCAAUGCCUUCCUGGGCCUAG